AUGGCAAAAUCAACACCAGUCAGUGGGGCGUCUUCAAGUGGGGGUACUCUACCAUCAACAGGGCAAACGUCAUCGGGGAUCUUACUUCCACGCAUCGAUCAACCAAAAUUUGACGGGUCGUAUGUUACGUGGCGUGGUUUCCAUGAUCGGUUCCUAGCUCUCGUUCAUAAUAACAAGGUUUUAGAUGAGAUCGAUAAACUGCAUUUUUUGCAGUCCUGCUUAAUUGUAGAUGCCAAUCGGUUUCUGCAGAACAUAUCGGUGGAAGCAGCUAAUUACCAGAAGGCGUGGGAGCUUUUAGAGGAGCGUUAUGACCACAAGCGCAUUUUGGUGCAUAUUCAAAUGCAAAAUUUGUUUGGUCAACCUUCUCAAACUCGAGAAACUGCUUCUGGUCUGCAAGAACUUUUGUACACCACAAGAGAAUGCUACCUCGCUCUUGAGAAUAUGGACGUUCCGGUGUCUACCUGGGACACAGUCUUGAUUUGGUUCAUUGUCCAGAAACUCCCCAGCAUAACUCAAAAACUGUGGGAAGAGAAGCCAACAGGAACUUGGUGCAGCAGGCAGAAACAAGAACGAGCAAACCGUCAACAGCAAGCCGCGUUUCCAGCCUGCGAAAUCGAAGAGUUUCCUUGUGAAACAAUCAGCCAAGUAGCCUUCCAAGCCAGUGCCGAAGACGAACACUGUGGAGCUGUUGGUAUGCAAGCUAUGCAACCAGGAGAAGCACUCGUUGAAGAGAUGUCAGCAGUUCCUGAAUAUGGACAAUGUGCGACGAAGAGAUGUCGUUCCUCCUGCCAUUUCUGUCAACAACGACACAACACAUUGCUGCAUACUAAUCAGCCGAGUUCCAGCACACACACACCACAACAACAACCACAGCCUGCAGCUACUUCAGCUCAGGCUAAUAUACCCAGUUCGAACGCGUUAUACUCGUCCGUAAAUCCGAACGCGCCUGAGUUCCAGCCAAUGGGUCAACAACAACAACAAAGUUUUAACUACCACACGUCGCAUGGUGACCGUUUUACAACACAUCAGGUGCUUCUAGCGACAGCAGUUGUUAAGGCCCGAAGUGCAGAUGGCCGGCUACGCCUUUUACGAGCUCUGAUCGAUACUGGGUCAGAAAGAUCUUUCAUCACAGAAGCUGCUGCACAACUGCUGAAGCUAGAAAAGCGGCGUAACAUGGUCGAGGUAUCUGGGUUAGGGUUGGUCAGCAGUGGCAAAACGCGUAACUCCGUCGAAGUAAGUCUUGCAUCCCGCCACUCGACGUUCGAGAUUGCCAUUCAGGCAUUGGUCUUCAAGUCGCUGACUGGCCAUCUCCCGACCCAACGCGUGAUACCUGGAAAAUGGAACCAUCUCGAUGGUCUCUCGUUAGCAGAUCCCCAUCUCUACGAGCCUGCUCACAUUGACUUACUACUGGGAAGCGAUGUUUGUGCCCAAAUAUUUUUACCCAAAAUAAAACGGCCUCUAGAUGGUAUCGGCCCGAUCGCGCAAAAUACGCAAUUAGGGUGGAUCGUGUUAGGGAAAGUUCCAGCGGAAAUUCCCCGGCAAGUGCGCAACUUUCUUCAAAUUGCCGAAUUAUGCACACAGAUGGAGAAGUUUUGUGAGAUGGAAGAAAUGCCGUUCCAGACACAUGAAACCCUUGACAACAUUGCUUGCGAUGAGCAUUUUUCACAACACACUAGGCGUUUACCUGACGGGCGUUAUGAAGUGAAGCUGCCGUUCAAAGGUGAAAGUCUUCCAGCGAUGGGUUCCAGCCGACAAGGCGCUCUUCGACGAUUACAACAUCUCGAAAAGAAACUCGAUGCCGAUCCAAGACUUUUUGCGGAUUACACAAAGUGUAUUAAGGAGUACGAAGACCUCAACCAUAUGGAAGAAAUAGAUCCAAAUGACCCGGUUUUGGCAACACCUUAUCACUAUUUCUUGCCACAUCAUGCGGUGUUUAAGGAAGCUAGCUCCACUACAAAGCUGAGAGUAGUGUUCGACGCAGCUUCAAAAGCUUUGGAUGGGAAAUCCCUCAACGACAGUCUUCUGGUGGGUCCAAAAUUGCAGACUAGCAUCAUAGAUCUAGUUCUUAGAUGGCGGACUCACCGAGUCACAUUUACGGCCGACAUAGAGAAGAUGUAUCGGCAAAUUUUGGUAAGUUUCCCAGACCGAUACUAUCAGCUGAUUAUGUGGAGAGAGCAGAGAACAUCGCCAGUACAAAUUUUCAAAAUGAACACCGUAACUUUUGGAACAGCGAGUGCUCCAUAUCUUGCCAUCAAGAUUCUGAAAAAAGUAGCUGAUGAUGAGAGCGACAAUUUUCCGGAAGGGGCAAAGGUGGUACGUGAAGACAUGUAUGUUGAUGACCUGAUCAGUGGUGCCGAUUCGAUCGAAGAGGCACGAAAGAAACGUGAUGAAGCCAGCCAACUUUUAUCGUCAGCGGGACUCAAUUUAAGAAAAUGGACCAGCAAUGUCAAGGAACUUGUCGAAGACAUUCCAGUUCAAGACCGGGAGCUUGAUUUUGAACUUCCAUUUAACUGGUCCAACCACGUCAAAACUCUAGGAAUCAAGUGGUUUCCCAUCGAUGACUGUUUUUCCUAUCAAAAUUUACAACCUUCGACAGAAGCAACCACGAAAAGGUCAAUAUUAUCGACCAUAGCCAAGUUGUUUGAUCCACUUGGUUGGAUCUCACCAUGUGUCGUCACUUCAAAAAUUAUAAUGCAAAGACUAUGGAACCGUGGUUGUAAUAGGGAUGAUCCAAUUCCAUCGGCUUUGAUGAAAGAUUGGGAAGCUUUUCAUCGAGAACUUCCUCUUAUCGAGCGACUCCGAAUACCCAGAUGGACUCAUAUAAGUCUGACCAACAUGGCGAUCGAGCUGCACGGAUUUUGUGACGCUUCAAUGAAGGCAUACGGGGCAGCAGUUUACGUACGCGUUCUUGAUAGCAAUGGCAACAUCCACGUCAAUCUCAUCUUGUCAAAAACAAGAGUGGCACCAAGCAAGAGAACAAUUACUUUGCCACGGCUUGAACUUUGUGGUGCCGUGGUUUUGGCGCAACUAUUGCAGUACAUUAAGGAAGUUUUGGCGAUUCCAAAUGUCAAAAUGUACUCUUGGACGGACUCCACAAUAGCUCUAGCGUGGAUACGAGCAACUCCUGCUAAAUGGACCACAUUCGUGUCCAAUCGAGUGUCCGAAAUCCAGCGUUUAGUAGGGAUCGAUUGCUGGGGACAUGUUGGUACGCUUCAUAACCCAGCCGAUCUGGCGUCCAGGGGUGUACUUCCAUCAGAACUUCAGUCGCUGCAAACUUGGUGGAAUGGUCCAGAAUUUCUGCAUCGCAAAUGGGAUUUCGAUUCUCCAGAUCAGCCCGUUGAAACCGACACUGAAGAAGAAAAACGCACGGUCAAGGUACUAACUGUACAUGUUUUGGAAAGCGACAAUAUCCUUCAGGCUAUUUUUAAUUCAUCAAAUCUCCUAAGAGCAACCAGAGUCAUCACUACGUGUGUCCGCUUCAUCAUUAAGUGUCGUCCUAAACUGUAUGGAAUCAUCACCGGCUCAUUUUAUCCAUGGGAGUUAGAAUUAGCUCGUCUUCUCAUGGUCAAAGCUGCCCAAAGUGAAAUGUUUGAGACAGAGUUAAGCUACUUCAAGGCAAAUUCUAAAAUGCCUAAAAGUCUGAGUUCAUUAAACGCAUUUAUUGAUAUAGAUGGGAUCUUGAGAGUUGGGGGUCGUUUAGAGAACUCCCUUUUAUCUUACGAUGCUCAACACCCCAUACUACUACGAAACAACCACCACUUCACGACUUUGGUUGUCAGAGAAGCUCAUAAAAAUACGCUUCAUGGCGGUAUCCAACAAAUGAUAAGCUAUAUCAGACAACGAUAUUGGAUUGGGCAAAUUAGAAGAAGCGUCAAGUAUCAAUUAUUCAGGUGUACUUCUUGUUUCCGGCAAAAGGCAUCUGAAAUGCAGCAAUUACUGGGUAAUUUACCAGCUGCUAGAGUGCGUAUGGCUAGGCCUUUCAGCCAUACCGGGGUCGACUAUGCAGGUCCAAUUGACAUUAAAUCAUGGAAGGCACGUGGUGCGAAAAUCCUAAAAGGAUAUUUCGCGGUAUUUAUUUGUUUGGCAACAAAGGCCAUUCAUUUGGAAGUUGUAUCCGAUUUGACAACCCAAGCAUUUUUGGCCGCAUUCCGCAGAUUCACUGCAAGAAGAGGAAGCUGCCAGCAUGUCUACAGUGACUGUGGAACGAAUUUCGUUGGAGCUAACAACGAACUAGCGAAGAUGUUAAAUGAAGCAAAACACGACUUUAAAGAAAUCGCGACAACCCUAGCUAACUAUGAUGCAAGUAAUGAGGCUCUGGGUGCAGUCUUGUCGCAGGGAAAAGUUGGUUCGGACAAACCGAUAGCCUACGCAAGUCGUUCAUUAAGUAAAACUGAAAAAAGGUAUUCUACUAUAGAAAGGGAAGCUUUAGCUGUUGUCUGGGCUGUUAAUAAUUUUCGUUCAUACUUGUUAGGUCGUGUCUUCACUGUUUAUACGGAUCAUCAACCUCUUAAGGGGGUUUUCCAUGUGAAAGAUCCCACAGCUCGGUUGUGCAUGUUCCGUCAUAAGCUUUCGGAGUACGUUUUUAAAAUAGAAUACAAACCUGGUAAGUUGAACACGAAUGCGGAUGCCCUUAGUUGCAUACCUCAUUGUCUGGCUAUUUUAAGUAGUCGCAUACCUCAAGCGCAGCAUUGUCUGGCUAUUUUAACUCGGUCCAAAGCUUCUAAGACACCUUUGUUAAAUUCACCAGAUCAACAAGACGCAUAG